GUCGCGAGAGAUGCUUCAGUAUGGCGUCGGCGAAGUAGUGAUCGCGAUACGUUUCUCGGGGAACGAACGAAAUCCACACCCACAUGUUUUCGUCGUGACGCGCGCGGGAUAUGCACAGCUAUUCAAAAUAUUUUCUAUUCGUUUUGCAAUUUCGACUCGAUCUGGAAGAAUUACGCGUGACUUCCGAUUUAAGUAAUAUAUGCGUUGUAGAUGAUGAUCUUUUAUGUGUAAAAUUCGCGCUCUAACGAGAGUAUAUGUGGUGACACGAUCCGCGGUCAUGUGGCAAAACAUGUAUAUACAAAGUGCGAGCAUAGCAUUUACGGAUAAUCUUCGAAGUGGCCAUCUAAAGAAACGAUAAUUGCGCGUGUCGAAUGAUGGAGAACGCACGAGAAAGAAAAAUUAAUACAUUGUUGUAUAACACAUGAGCGCAAUCAGGAAACUCUCUCUCUCGCUCUUCGAUGGAAAAGUGAAUGAGAAGAGCGGAGGAUGACAACAAAAUAAGAAUUUCGUCUCUAACGGCUGUGCGACAAUUAUUCUUUGAAGACCAAGCAUUGGGGUGUCACGACUAUGAUGAAUCGGGAAAACGAAGAACAACGACCGAUCUCACAGACGCUGUGCGGCGCGUUGCAAAAAGAGCCGAAUUGCAAAUGCUUGGUUCUGACCGUACUUAUAUACGGCUGUCUCGCUGCAGUAACGUGGUGUAGAUGCGCUAAUGUUACCAAGAUUAUGGUCAACUAUACCAAGUUUCCCAUCAGAAGUACGAAGCAUGUGUCGUCGCCUUGCGACGAUGGCUACAUAUAUAUUCCGGUGGCAUUCAUGGGAAUGCUUUAUCUGGUUUAUCUGGUAGAAUGUUAUCACUCGCCGAUCAGAAUCGAUCUAUUGCACGCGGAGAGUCAGGACAGCGUGCUGUCCAAAUUGGCCCAGCUGAAAAUGGCACAGCCGAGGAUAUGGUGGAAAGCCGUUUCCUAUCACUACGUGCGCAGGAAACGACAGAUCACGCGUUACAGAAACGGAGAUAAUUAUACUACAACGCAGGUAUAUUACGAAAGAGUGAAUACACAUUCGGCCACGUCGCACUAUUAUUACGAAUAUUGCGGAGUGAAGGACAUCAGCAAGGAAUUAAUACUCGAGUCGAAGAUACCGAUCACAAAGAUUCUGCUCACCAAAGGUUUUGCGUUCUCCAACGUACGAUCCGCCACGGAAUUCGAAGAGGCUCGAUCGCGAUUCUUCGCCGAACAGGAACUCAGUGACGAUUACAUGGAGAUGAGAGAAGGUCUCGAUCUUGGCUACAACGUUAACAAAAUGUUGGUCGCGGUUUUCGGUAAUCCCUGGUUCACGAACUCCUAUGUUUACUGGUGUUUAAGCGCUUUGCUGCUUAGCUGGCCGCUGAGAGUGAUGAUAGAGUACAACACGCAAUACGUCGAGUAUCAGGUUACUAAGCUCUUUGGUGUGAAUUACGAUACACCUAUCUCCAGCGAACCCAUACACGCGUCCAUGAGCCAAUUGAGUCAACCGGGAUCUUACAUGCUGGCGCCCAGUUACAGCGAGGCAUUACUGAUGGAUCCGGUGACAUCUUGUAACGACGAAACUGAACGAAAUUGGCAGACUCAGGGGGAGGCUGACAUCGCGACCAAUAUAAUUCCCAGCUAUUCCGAAGCACUUCUCUACGAACGUGCCAAACAGUUUGAUCAUCGAAACAUGAUGGUGAACAGUGCUGUCGGAAGCGCAAACGACGCGAUAACUAUUACCUGCAACGACAAUCCGAAUAGACAAAUUUUGCCACUGAUACCAUGCGAGUGUCACUGUCCUUGCCCGUGUCACGAGAACACAAAUUGUUACAAAAUAAAGAUAAAUAAUGAUCACAAUUACAUCGAAAAUGCGACUGGCACCGAUCACGUCGACGUUCGAACGCGAACGAAUAACACGCGCGAGGUCAGUGAUGUUUUCGAAAAUGAGCUUGCGACACUAAGAACGACCGCUGACGGUCGAUUGCGUCCACCCGAGAUUGUGAAUCCCUGUUCCAUGAACGAUCUCCGGACAGAAGCGUCUCCGAGUAGGUGUGGCAGUUGCGGCAGAAUGUCCACCAGCACGCAGACAAUUAACUCGGACGCAAUUUCCCGCGCUUCUGUAAGAAACAGACCCAGCGAGUCCUCGCAAACCUUGUCCAAAGACUUCGCACUGGGUGCGAUAUCCAAAAAGGAAGUUAUGCCUCGCGACAUUUCGGAGCCGAAUUUGAAAACGCGAACGGAAUCGAUGAACGCCUUUCUCCCGAAAGAGAAUGUAAGAAGCUUGGAAAAUAUUUUGGAAAACGAAAAAAAACCGACAAGAAGCAACCGAGUUGACGUGACCGUUGCGGAGGUAAGUGCUUCGCGAGUGAACAACACUACCGAGCAACAACAGAAGAGAUUGCCGACCAACCUGCCUCCCGUUGUCCAUCGACGUUCUCCCUUCACCGACGAGGCGAGUCAUUCGACCAAGAAUACGAGCAAAGGCGCCAUUCCGAAAACCGAGCUACGUAACAACCGGAUCACGGUGAAUCCCAUGUCAAACGAGGCUUGUUGGAAACUGCCCAAUUCGAAGACGUAUCUGUGCCUCAAGUCUAUGCUCAAGCAGAACAAACGGAGAUACACGCUGGUGACCGCGGAUGAAUUUCAGAAUCUUACAGAUCAAGACGCCUACCGAGGUUUCGAACGCGGUUUAGAUACAAGUAUCAAGAGUGAUUGGAAUACGCAACUGGACAAUCGUUCGCGCUUCGCGGAGAGAUUGAAUUCCAGAAGGAGACUGCCGUCAUUUGAGGAAUUCGUGUCGGCGAGAGACAAAAUGAUGCAUGCCAAUGAUCACAGGAGAACGCUCAUUUUCGCUAGUCCGAUACAAGAAGUUUUUCCUGGCGACCCAUUUGGCGGCAAGAACAUCGUGCCAGUUAGAAAUCUGAUUGAACGCAACACAGCGGAAGAUAUUGCGAACGCCUCAGCAAACACUCAACGUCCGAUCCGAUCUCCGGUCGAUCGGAACGCACAAUGCAAACGUUUUUCGGACGAUCACGCCGGAGAACAAGUCCACGUUUCAGCCGAGCCAUUCCGAUUCGACGAGCAUCCGUCGAGUCGCAUUGAGAGAGGACUCCAUUAUCUCUUGAACAAGAGAUUCUCAGUCGAGUCGUCGAUCGUAGACGUAGACACGAUUCGCGCCAACACCAACGAGACUUGUGAGAGCGACACUCCGCUUCCUCCUUACAGCGGAAUAUUUUCCGAUUGUAUGAACAGAAGAUCAAGCUCGGUUUCGAGCUCGACUGAACACAAUGACAGAUCUCAGGAAACUAAUUCAACUAAUAAUUUAUACUCGCCACGUACGAGGCGUCAGUUAGCUGGUUUAACCAGGUCGUUCACAGAGCGUCGUCGAUCGAAGGUCGCUCGUUUCGAUCGAAACUUCCGUAGGAGCUUCACUGGCAGAGUGGAGGAUUACAGAACGGAACACGCGAGACGAGCGAACUUCAGCAUGGAGACGUCGUUAUAACGAGGGCGCGAAUGAAUUAAUUGAAAGUUGAUUGGUCAUCGAGCAUCUUUCUUUUUUUGAAAGAGAAGAACAGCGCACAGAUCCUGUGUCCGUUCCUACAUGUGAUUGUACAUAUACAUACAUCUUAUUUCUAUACGCGGUAAUUUUAGAAUACUUUAAUAAACUACAGAGAUGCAAAUUAUAUUAUAGAAACUCUUCAAUUAUAUACAUUUAUUCUUCCAGAAGUACCUUGAACUACGAAUAAUAAUAAUAAUAAUAAAGCUACAAAAAUCAAACGCGGAUGUAAAUUGUGAAUAAGGUAAAAUUGUAAUUAAAAACAACGCAGAAGGUUGUAAAUUCAGCCUGAUAAUUAGUGCAUCUCUGUAGAUACACACAUAUAUAUAUAUAUAUAUAUAUAUAUAUAUAUAUAUACACAAAAUCUAAGAAAAAACGGCAAAUUUUUUCUUUGAAGAUCGAUUAGCUGUGAAAUUAUUUAUGCAACUCAAAUGUCUUAAGAAUGCAUGUUUACCUCGUCCGUAUACAAUAUUAUACGUAUAUAUAUAUAUAUAUUAAAUGGUUUUAUUAUCUAACUUAGGAUUAAGAACAGAGUGUGCGCUGCUGACUGUGUGGGAUUUAGCUAAAUCGAAAAAAGAAACCGUUGGCGCGACACUCAGCCUUAAAAUUGUUACUACUUUUUGUGUUCCACGCUACUAGUAUAUUGUAAGUAUCCGUCCUAUACUCCUUUCGAGAGUUAAACGUACGAACGGAUCACGUGAUUUCCAUGUCAUUCUAAUGCCGGGGCUAUUGCUCCUCAACGUUCCUUUGCUUAAAGACGUGUACCCUCGCGUCUUUAAAAAGGACCAGGAAUGUUUCGCGUAAUAUAAUCAAGUCUCAAGAAUCUGCAUUUAGCGUUAAAUAUGAUUAACUGUUUUUGCGAUCUUCAUUAGCUUUAUAUACAGGGUGUCCCAAUAUUGGUGUAACAUCUCUUGUAGACAGGUAGAAGAAGUAAA